CAGGGCAGUGGGCAGCCAUGGCUCCUAUCAUGGAGGGCAACCAUCCCAAGUGGGGACCAAGGCUGGGUUUGGGGGCCCGUGUGCCUCUAAACUGUAAAACUGGGGGAACUAAUGUCCCUUUUUAGGCAUCUCCAUGGGAUGCUUGCUUCCUCAGGCACCAUAGGAGCAUUGUUGGCUGAACUGGUCAACUAUAAACCACUCUUGAUUGCCAUUCUAUUCCUUCUGCUGUUGCUUAGCAACUGGCUGGUCAAGCAUGAAUUCAGGCCCACCCCCCCAGAGCCCCAACAGGAAGAGGCAGAGAAACCAAAACCUCCUGAAGCCCAACCCCAAGCCGAGUGCAAAGCCGAAGACAAAGCUGAAGACAAAGACAACGACAACGACAAAGACAAAGACAAAGACAAAGACAAAGACAAAGACAAAGCUGAAAGCAAAGCCAAAGCCAACGGCAAGGUCAUGAACGCCAAGGAGAUUGAGAGGCUGCAUGCCUGUUUUGCCCUCCAGGACAAGAUCCUCGAAAGGCUUGUGUUCAGCGAAAUGAAGCUGAAGGUCUUAGAAAAUCAGAUGUUCAUCAUGUGGAAUAGGAUGAAUCACUCCAAGGGGUCAAGCCGACAUCGGACUUACCCCCUGAAGAAAUACAGUCUGCGGAGGCACGAGUCCAUUUUCUCCUGUUCCUCUGAGUGCACGUCUACUUCCCCCUGAGGAGAGGCCUCUUCUGAUGUUCCCUUUACUCAGUAAAACCCAAUUAGAGACUAUUGAUUUUUCUUAUUACAUCACACCAGAGAGGAAGAUGGCAGGCUGAAAGGUCGCCUCUGUCCUCACCAGGUCAGCCAGGUACCACGGGCUCUAGAUCCCUGCCCUGCCUCUCAGUCGAGCACCUUUGCCCCUGAUCCAGGGACCUCUCCUGCCACCCACCCUCACCCCCCGCUGACAGGUGGAGCAAGCCCCGCCAGGGCUCGGCGUGCUCAUGUGCCAACGUGUUCUCGCCGUGGCUGGUGGAUCCCACCCCGCUUCUUAGUGUGGGCUGAUCCCCAAUCAACCUUUCCCCCUCCCGCAUGCUUUCUGCCUUAGGAUACUGCCAGAGUUUCCUAAACACCAGUCAUGACCGUACUCCUGUGGUUUUUGCUAGAGUCGUGAACCACCUGAAUGUUUAAGUCCACAUUGCUCCUUUACAUUUGACUAUUUUUCCCUUCAAUAAAUGUAUUUA